AUGAACCUAUUAUUCUUUUUACCAUUACUGAUAUCACAAUGUUCUACACAAAUGCUUUCAAAUAUGAUGUUAGCUCAAGUUAAAAUAACUGAUGAACCAUUCCCUGUUGCAAAUGCUGAACAACUAAAUCAAGUUGUUUGGACACUUCUAGGAACAUCUACCAAAGAAACAAUUUAUUGUGUUUCUGAAGCUCCAGUCUCACAACUCCGAUUUGUAUGCACCGAUUGUUUAGAGAAGAAUAUCACUGAUAUGGUUCAUGUUCUAAAUUCUGCACAAGAUUUAACACGACGUGUUGGAUUUCCGGUAAGUUCUUCUUAUUUUUUAUUAUAAGAAUAUUGACCUUGACUCAUGCUCCAUGAGGGAUUUUCUCCUCUUCAAAAACACUUACCGCCAUUCGAAGAUUAACAAUCUUUCAAGGUCAACACAAAAAAAUGGUGGGAUUUAUUGAUCGGUUCAUCCAAUAAUUAUCCAUAUUUGUUUGAGAAAGAGAGAAUAGGUCAUGGUUUAUCUUUCUAUUUAAGUUGCGCAAUCUCUUGAGAAACAUUUUUUGUGUCUCCCGAUAAAAAUCAUUUGGCUAGCCAAGCACUUUUUUGCGGUUAAUGUGUCAUAAGAUGUUAUCAAGCGAAAAUCGCUCAAGGUUACUACUACUACCGUUUUGCACUAUGAUAAUUGCGAAAAGCGAUGUUUCCCUCUCAAUCCUGAAAUCCUGUAGGAAAAACCAAAAAUAAAUGAGGCGAAAAACAACAUGAAAAAGUUCUAGUUUUCAUCAUUAUUUUCCAGACGGUCACCCUCAAAAACAUUGCGGUCAAUGCAAAUUGGACUGGUGCCACAAUUAUGUGCCAAGCUGCUCUGAAUGGAGGUAAGAAAGGAUGUGUCUAAAAGAAUUAUUUUUUUGAGAUAAUUAUUAUUUUGGUAAUUAUUGGGUACACCUGGGGGUCGCCGACAUUGAACAAAAGAGAUGCAAAUUUUUUUGAGGAAGGGGAAGGGGGAUUUUUUUGGAGAUAGAUCCGAUGAGGGAUUACAACAGAUGUUUAAUGCGAAGGGUGCUAAUUUUCUGGCUGGUUUUGAACAGCAAAAAACAUAAAUCAAAGGUAUAUUUUCCAUAUAAAUAUUUUUUGUAGGUACUGUCGAUUCUGCGCCAGCUACUGUUGAUGUUCGAUACAUGAAACAACCCCAUGUUGUUGAUUCAAAUGGUCAUGCUCCAAUCUUGAUCAGCAAUCAAGGAUAUCGUUUCUUUGUUGAGUGUAAUCGAGGAGCAGAUGGAAUGUGCCAACAAUCAGGUCGCCGAAAGACUCUUAAGUGUAAUGUGCAAUCUCAUCCACCUGCAACUCAAUACAGAUGGUUGAAAAAUGGUUCGCCAAGUGGAACUGGUGCUGAAAUCACGAUUGGAACAGAAAUGAUUGGACAAUCGAUUCAAUGUCAAGCUAAUAAUGGACUUUUGCCAGAUUCUGAAAUGCCAACCUCUCAAGCGAUUCAAAUUGAUCCAUAUUCAUCGGCUAAACUUAUUCAAGAUAAUUUCCAACAACUUCAAGCAACAUCUCCAUUUUUAGCAAAUAAUCGAAUUGAAAUCAAUCAACAAAUUAAUCUUGGUUGUCAAGUUGAAGGUAAUCCACGACCAAUUGUUUAUUGGAAAUUGAGAAAACCAAAUGGUGAUGUUGUUGAUGCUGCUUGCCCACAAGGAUUAGAAGGACAAUAUCAAGAAAUUCAACCAGAAGGACAUCGUCAAAACAUCGUGAAAUUAUCAGCUCUCUGCACAUUGAGAAUCGCAAAUUAUUCAUAUUCCGGACAAUAUUGGUGUGCCGCCUGUUCCCAAGUCAGCCAAGGAGAACCAGAAUGUUCACCAUCAAGAGACACUCCAGGAUCAUCCAGUUUAACAGUUCAAGUUAUUGGAGCACCAAGUCUUUCUGAUGCUCCAGCAAGUAUUGAGCAACGCGGAAAUGAUGCCAUUGUUACUGUACAUUAUUGCGCUGAACCAAUGCCAAGACCACCAAGAGAAGUUGUAUUCAGUGUAGAUCAAAAUGAUCUUCAAGUUGGACAAAUCUGGCAAAACUAUCGAUUUGAAUCGGCUAUUUUGAACAACACAGUUCCAAAUUGUUAUCUUGCAAAACUUCAAAUCUCACCAGUUCGAGAAGAAGAUCAAUACCGUCAAAUCACCCUAAAAGUGCAAAAUCAAUUCGGCACCAAACUGUAAGUUUAAUCCUGUUCCCUUAUUUACAUAGUAGUCAUCUAUAUAAGAAGGAAAAAAUAGUAGUAAAUAAUAAUAAGUGAAAGGGAAAUGGGUCACGGUAUGCCUGUUUUGAGCAAACAAUACAUACUCUAUUCAAAUUUUAUUGAUGACCUCUAACCCUCCUCAUAAAAUAUAUAUAAUAUAAAUAAAAAAAGAGCAAAAAGGAAUGAGGUUUUUUGUUAUGGUCCGUUACGAAAAAGGGGGAGAACAAAAGAGUACUGUAUAAAGAGCAGGGGUAGAAAACCUUAAGUGCAAAAGGGCCAUUGACACCAUGGAUUAUAUUUGAGAGGGUUUUCGUAUAAUUAGAACAAUAUGGGUAAUUUUGAAAAAAAUAAUGGCGGGGAAGCGCCCUUUGAAAUUUGAUCACAAGGUUCAGAAAAGUCAAAAUUAUGUCCAAAUUAUAAUAAAACAGUUUUUCAAAUAAAAUUUUCUUACAGUAUCCCAGUCAGCCUUGAUGAUCUUCUUGGUGGCGACACUACAAUGGUGUCAAAAAUCUCUGGAUGGUGGUUAGGAAUUGUUAUCGCUUUGGGUGUUGCGUUGGUGCUCAUUUGUUUGGUGACAAUUUGUGUGCGACAAAGUGAGUUUUUUUCUCUUUCCCAUAUAUUUUUUUAAAUAUUUGGAAUUUUUAGUUUCAGGAAUCAAGGAGCAUAACAAUUACAAUGAACCAAAAGCAAAGGCAGAGUGAGUUUAUUUUAAGAUAGUUCAAUUUUCGAAAAAAAGAAAAUAAUGUUUUUUUGCAGUUUCAGCAUCAAUUCACGUGAAAACUUUUACGAUCCAAGUCCAGAUGCACCACGAUUGUUCAACCAACAUCCGCCAGAGGUUAGCGAUUCGUAUGGCUUGUAUGUGAGCCGCGAAGCUGUUGUCUAACCGGACCACCUACCCCAAAUAAUUUUCCCCUGCCUCCUCCUAGAAAAAAUCAAUUUAUUCCGAAUUAAUUAAUUAUAUUUGCUAACUUGCCACCCAUAUAAUUUUUAGAGCAACUCCAUCGCCUACGAUUUGGCUGUUCAAGAUGCUUAUUGCGAUUCACGCAUGUCAACCGUCUGA